GUGCCUUGAUUCAGAUUCAAGUUUUGGAUGAAACAAGAUUAUAUUAUUUCACUGUUUUGUUGUCAGAAAUGGCUGGCAACGUUGUUGUACCAAAGGCUGCAGCUGGGGAUGACGUAGUUGGAGAGCCAUUACCAAUAGAUAACGAAGAUCAUACGGACACGGAGCGCUGUUGCUGGAUCUGUUAUCUGACCGAUAAAGAGGACUGUCGUCUGGCUUGGGUGAAUCCAUGUCCAUGCCGAGGAGCCACCAAGUGGGUGCACCAGAGCUGUCUUUCCCACUGGAUUGACGAGAAGACUGGAAAAGGAAACGAACUGAAAACAGUUUACUGCCCACAAUGCCAAACGAAGUACAACAUUGUAUACUCGAAGUUCGGUAUUUUUGCCAGGGCUCUGGAACUCAUGUGCAGUCUCAUUUUAAAGCCCCUAUAUAAAUGCCUGGCCACUGUCUUUACGUUGGUCUUUAUAUAUUGGUCAGCAAUUACGUUCGGAGCAAGUACAUAUCUGCAGAUCGUUGGUCAUGACCGCCACGUUCAUCAUGUAAUUGAGGCUGUAGACCCGUUGUUUAUUCUGAUCGGAUUCCCAUUAAUCCCAGUUGGUCUGAUUCUUGGACGCAUGAUUCCGUGGGACGACGUCCUUUUGCGCAUCAUUAGAAAAUGUUGUUCAAUGCUGCGAAGACUUGCCAUGAUGUGCCUAGGCCGUGAUUAUGACCUUGAGGCGGACUCAUACCCUCGUGCUACUAUGGUCCCAAUUUCAGGAUCGCGGGUGGUCUGUGGGGCAAUGCUCUUGCCCACCAUAUCAAUAUACGUGGGUAGGGUUCUUUAUAGCUCAGUCGAUGAUAGGUUGCAACAAACUCUACUUGGAGGAUUGACUUUCAUAGCGAUUAAGGGAAGCUUAAAAAUGUACCUCAAGCAUAAGCAAUACCUCCGCCGUAUGAAGCGUCGUAUUUUAGACUACACGGAUGAAAACUUAGCGGAAUCAGCAGGACACUAGGUUAUCUCAAGAUCUGGAAAGAAGCUGGAAGUAAUGAGAAUAUUUAAAUCGUAAAGUGCACAAUUUUCGUAAUACAACUUGCCGAUAUUGCAUCCUUACUACCAUUCAUAAAUAAUCGUU